GGGCGGGCCGGCGGGGGGCGCCGCGCGCGAGCCCCCGUUUGCUCGGAGGUUCGCGCGCGCUCAGGCCCGAGCUGAGAUUUGUGCGUCUCCUCGCGCCGGCCGUGGGAGCCAGUGCCCCGAGGUUACCUUGGCGCGUCCCCUACCAGGGCGCUGCAGGGUGUGGAGUAGACGCGAAGUCGGCCCAGUUCCCCGGCCUCCCUCCGGGGCCCGCGGGGGGCGUGGCCAGUGCAGGAGGCCAGAGACGGUGCUGCGGGGAAAGCGCCCGUUGUGUGUGUGGCCGAUCCCAGUUUGCUCCCCUGAGCCCCUCCAGGGGAAGCCUCAGCGCGGCAGGAGGGCCAGUGGGCUCCAGUGUGGGUGCCCCUGGCCAGGAGGGCCAGUGGGCUGUCCCGGAGUGCCCGCACCCUAGACCGGUCCCCCCCACCUGCGGCCCGUAACCCGCGCUGGAGGUGUUGGAGCUGCUGUGUACUUCUCUGCAGCGGCACGUGGGGUGGCAGUGCCACGGGACUGUCACAACUAUACUUGGACCUGCCUCCAGAGCUGAGGAGCUGAGUGCCAGCCGCAGCUGCCAUGGGCUCCCUGGGCAGAGCAGUUCCCAUGUGGGUGCCCCUGGCCAGGAGGGCCAGUGGGGUGUCCCGAGGCAUCCGAAACUCUGGCCCACGUCCCCCGCCCGCGGACUCCGAGCCUGCACUGGAGCUGCUGGGCCGCUCGUACCCACGGGACAGCCUCAGCAACGUGCCGCGCCGGGUGCUGUCGUGCGUGGGCCGGCGCCUGCACCUGCAGCCGCACCACCCGCUGUGGCUGCUGAAGGAGCGCGUGAAGGCACACUUCGACCGGCACCACGCGGCCCGCGCCGGGGCCCCGCUCUUCUCCCUGCACGACAACCUCAGCCCCGUGGUCACGCCCUGGCAGAACUUCGACAGCCUCCUGGUGCCCCCAGACCACCCCAGCCGCCAGCCAGGCCACAGCUACUACCUGAACGCAGACCACAUGCUGCGCGCACACACGUCCGCACACCAGUGGGACUUGCUGCGCGCAGGCCUGGAUGCCUUCCUUGUGGCGGGUGAUGUGUACCGGCGUGACCAGAUCGAUGCCCACCACUACCCUGUCUUCCACCAGCUGGAGGGCGUGCGCCUCUUCUCCCAACACCAGCUGUUUGCUGGUGUUCAGGACGGGGAGAGCCUGCGGCUGUUCGAGCAGAGUGUCCGCUCGCCCGAGAAGCAGGAGGCGCACUCCAUGGAGGCCACCAAGCUGGUGGAGUUUGACCUGAAGCAGACGCUCACCCGGCUGAUGGCGGAUCUCUUUGGAGCCGGGCUGGAGGUCAGGUGGGUGGACUGCUACUUCCCCUUCACGCACCCCUCCUUUGAGAUGGAGAUCAACUUCCACGGAGAGUGGCUGGAGGUCCUGGGCUGCGGCGUGAUGGAGCAGAAGCUAGUCGACUCAGCUGGUGCCCAGGACCGGGUUGGCUGGGCCUUCGGCCUGGGGCUGGAGCGGCUGGCCAUGAUCCUCUACGACAUCCCGGACAUCCGCCUCUUCUGGAGCCAGGACGAGCGCUUCCUGAAGCAGUUCCGCGUGGCCCGCGUCGACCAGGCAGUCAAGUUCCAGCCUCUCAGCAAGUACCCGGCCCUGGUCAACGACAUCUCCUUCUGGCUGCCCGCGGGGAGCUACUCCGAGACCGACUUCUACGACCUGGUGCGCAGCGUCGGGGGGGACCUGGUGGAGAAGGUGGACCUGAUCGACACGUUCCAGCACCCGCGGACACACCGGACCAGCCACUGCUACCGGAUCACCUACCGGCACAUGGAGCGUACGCUGACCCAGCAGGAGGCCGGCCGAGUGCACCGCGCCCUGCAGGAGGCGGCCGUGCGGGUGCUGGGCGUGCAGGGUCGCUUCUGACCCCGCCUGGCCUGGGCCUUCCUGCUGCACUGCACGCCUCGGGGGUCCUGGGACCUAGGGCACCCGAGUGCUCCCCGGCCCGUCCUCACCGAGGCCCGUCCACACCGAGGCCCGUCCAGCGAGUCCCUUCCCCUCUGACGCGUGUCCACACCGAGCCCAGAGACAGGAGGCUCAGAAGCAGGCGGAGCCGGGGGCAGGCCGGGCCACACCGUGCACCAGGCAGUCACCGGGAGGUUUGCCUGUGUGGCGGCCACUUCUAGGAGCAUCUCAAAGAAGCGCCUUCUCUCUCCAUGGGGGUCUCCAUGGGGGUCUCGUCUCGGGGUUGGAGCCAACCAGCAGUGGACCAAUGUGCCUCCUGAGAGCCCCGCACAGGGGCUGGACAGGGCAGGCCUGGGCCUUCAGCCCGGGGCCAGGGCCACUUCCAUGGUGCCAGGCCUGGGCUUGCAGCUGUGCUGGGAACCCUCCAGGCCAGGGACUGAACUUGGGGCCUCAGGCACACGAGGCACCUGCUCCAGUCCUGAGCAGGCCCCUGCCCCCUGCAUUGCUUCCCAGAAAACACCCAGAGUGUGCCUCACACAUGCACAUUCACACGUGCCCAGUCACAUACACCAACACAGAUACCCAUGCACACAUGUGCCCGCUCACGUACACCAACACAGCCACACAUGCACACAUGCGCCCGGUCACAUAUACCAGCCACAGUCACACGUGCAUAGUCACCAGCACACAAGCUGUCACGCAUGCACAGUCACAUACCCCAGCACACAUGCACGUGCACCCAGAAGCGGGUCAGCAUCUUGUCUGUCCACCUGUCCGCCCAUGUGCUGCCCGGCCUGACCCAGGCCCAGCAGACCACAGGCUCUUGCACAGGCGUGCACGGACCCCUGGACAUCAGCACUGGUCGCGUGUGACCGUCCCUCUGGGGGCAUCUCAUGCCCCUCCCUGGGUGGGGGGAGCACAGAGCUCGCCAGGCAGGGCCCAGGCUGACCUCACCGCCAGCCCAGGAGGAACUGACCUCUGCCCCCAGCAACCCCAACACAGUGGAGACCCCGUCCCUCCUCUGAACCUCCUGGCCGUUGGCGGAAUCAGCUCCAAGAGGGAGAUAAAAGCACGAGCCUUUCAAAGGCCCCGGGGCACAGGCCGGGCGGGGGGCAGCACCCCCAGCUCUGCACACGCGUUGGUCUCGAGCCCUGAAUAAAGCAGAACCACCCACCUC